AAUGCGCCGCCCCCGACUCGCCGACGCGCUCCUCCUCCUCGCCCUCGCGGCCGUCACAACGACGGCGGCGGCGGCGGCGGCAGCAGCAGUGGCGAAGGCUCCCGCCGCGCCUCCGCCUCCGCCGCCGAACGUGACGGCGGAGAUGGCCAAGGGCGGGUGCAAGGCGUUCGCGGACCUGAUCGCGGCGUCCCCCGACGCGGCGUCCACGUACCAAUCGGCCGUGGAGGGCGGCAUGACGGUGUUCUGCCCCUCCAACGACGCCGUCAAGGCGUUCCUGCCCAGGUACAAGAACCUCACCGCGGACGAGAAGGCCGAGCUGCUGCUGUUCCAUGCCGUGCCGGUGCACUACUCGCUGGGGAGCCUCAAGUCCAACAACGGGCCCAUGAACACGCUCGCCACCGACGGCGCCGCCAAGAACUACAACUUCACGCUGCAGAACCAGGGCGACGUCGUCACCAUCAAGACCGCGGCGUCCGCCGGCGCCCCCGCGCGGGUCAAGUCCACCGCGCUGGACAAGGACCCGCUCGCCAUCUACGUCAUCGACGCCGUCGUCCAGCCCGUCGAGCUCUUCAAGCCCGCGCCGGCGCCGACGCCGGCGCCCGCGCCCGCCCCCGCCGCGGACGCGCCGAAGGCGGCCGGCAAGGCCGCGCGCCACCCGGCCCCCGCCGUGGCCGACGCGCCCGGGCCGGACGCGGAUGACUCUGCUCCGGUGGACCAGAAGAAGGACGCCAAGAAGAGCGCUGCGGCGGGCCGCGCGCCGUGCGUCCGGUGGUGGCUCGCCGCCGCGUUGGCGGCCGUGGCCGCGGCCUCCGCGUUGGCUUAGCGAUCGAUCGAGGGGCUCUCCUUUUUGUGUUAUUUUUGGUUUCGGUGUUCAUCCAUUGGCGUGUGAUCUUGGUGGGUGUGAUGGCGUAGGUGUGCUUGCGAGAUUUGCGCUUCUUUCUUGGAAGGAAAUAGUGUAUGCGUGCUUACAUAUUUGUGCUUCAUUUUAGAAUUUUUGUCCUUGUUUUUUGGUAGAUGUGCUCCGCUAGAGUGAUGCUCAAGUGUUCAUCAGGAGCACUCUGUUUCUUUUUUUCUUGUUCUGACUAAUGCAAUAUGGAUGCUGAAUUGCUGGUUUUGUCAAAA